GUCGACGAGAAAGUCUGGGAUAAACUUUUUGAAGUGAAUGUCAAAGCCGGCUGGCAAAUCACAAAACUUGUUCAUCCUCACAUGAUCAAAAGAGGAGGAGGCAACAUCAUCUUCAACGCUUCCAUAGGAGCUUACAAAUCACCACCGGGAAUUGCCGCUUAUGGCAUUACUAAAACCACACUUCUUGGUCUCAUAAAAGCUUUAGCUAAUGGCCUGGCCAAAGACAAUAUUAGAGUGAACGGCAUUGCUCCUGGAGUCAUCAAAACGAAGAUGAGUGAAACGCUGUGGAGUGGUAAUGGCGAAGAAGGUGAGAAAGAUAUGGUAGAAGCUAUGGAUGUGAGUCUUUUUACCAACUGA